AUGAGCUCCACAACGUCGCAGGACGCACCUACGUCAGGCGUCGUGAUGCGGGACCACCUACGGCAACCAGUCGAGCGUGUCACCGACUGUUUGGAGGUUCCUUCGCUAGACGACCGGAAAUACCGUGUUAUACGUUUAUCUAACCAACUUGAGGCGCUGCUAGUCCAUGAUCCUGAAACGGACAAGGCCAGCGCCGCAUUGGACGUUAAUGUCGGCAACUUCAGUGAUGAAGAUGAUAUGCCGGGUAUGGCACAUGCCGUGGAACAUCUUCUAUUCAUGGGUACGAAAAAAUAUCCGGUAGAGAAUGCGUAUAACGUAUACCUCUCUUCUCACUCGGGGAGCUCGAAUGCUUAUACCGGAGCCACUUCGACCAAUUACUUCUUCGAUAUUGCCGCGAAGCCGAGUAAUGGCGAAGAACCUUCCGAGACAAACCUGUCUCCCCUUUUCGGUGGCCUAGAUAGAUUUGCUCAGUUCUUCAUCGAGCCCCUGUUCCUCCCGUCGACGUUGGAUCGUGAGCUACGUGCUGUCGACUCAGAAAAUAAGAAGAAUCUGCAGAGCGAUCAGUGGCGCCUCCACCAGCUAGAGAAGUCUCUAUCUAACCCCAAGCAUCCUUAUUGCCACUUCUCGACCGGUAACUUCGAGGUGCUUAAGACUGAGCCGGAAUCUAAAGGCAUAGAUGUGCGGCAAAAGUUUAUAGACUUUCACGAAAAGCACUACUCUGCCAACAGAAUGAAGCUUUGCGUCUUGGGCCGAGAACCGCUGGACGUACUUGAGAAAUGGGUUGCCGAGUUAUUCUCUGGCGUACCAAAUAAGAACCUCCCACAGAAUCGUUGGGAAACCGAAGUACCGUUCACUAGCGAGCUCCUAUCUAUGCAAUGUUUUGCAAAGCCAGUCAUGGAUUCCAGAGAGCUUAAUCUCUAUUUUCCAUUCUUGGACGAAGAAUAUCUUUACGAAACCCAGCCGAGUCGGUAUAUUAGCCACCUAAUUGGCCACGAGGGCCCUGGCAGUAUAAUGGCGUACCUAAAAUCGAAGGGGUGGGCCAAUUCGCUCAGCGCUGGUGCAUAUCAAAUAUGCCCCGGUACUCCUGGCAUUUUCGACUGUCAGAUCCGGCUGACAAAAGAGGGUCUAAAACAUUAUAGAGAGGUCGUCAAAGUAUUCUUCCAGUACAUAUCACUUCUCAAACAAACACAACCUCAAGAAUGGAUAUUCGACGAGCAGAAGGGCAUGGCGGAUGUGGACUUCAAAUUUAAGCAAAAGACACCAGCUAGUCGCUUCACAAGUAGGAUUUGUGCUGUGAUGCAAAAGCCGUUGCCCCGAGAGUGGCUACUCAGUGGCCAAAGCCGCCUACGAAAAUUCGACCCGGAAGCUAUUGUUAAAGGGGUAGAACUAUUGAGACCCGAUAACUUUAGAAUGACCAUCGUGUCUCGGGACUUCCCGGGAGGUUGGAAUCAGAGGGAGAAGUGGUACGGAACAGAAUAUAAGGCUGAGAAUAUCCCCGAGGAUUUUCUCGCCGAGAUCGCCAAGGCCCUAGAUAGUACUUCCGAGGACCGCCUUCCCGCUCUGCAUCUCCCACACAAGAACCAAUUCAUCCCGACAAAGCUUGAGGUGGAGAAGAAAGAAGUUGAGCGGCCAGCUCUAGCGCCUCGAGUGAUCCGAGAUGAUGAAGUGGCGAGAACGUGGUACAAGAAAGAUGACACAUUCUGGGUCCCGAAAGCGAAUUUAAUCGUCAGCAUCAGGAACCCCACCAUAUUUGCUUCUGCAGAUAACUCAGUCAAGUCGAAGUUGUUCACGGAUUUAGUAAGGGACGCACUAGAGGAAUACUCAUAUGAUGCCGAGCUUGCUGGGCUGCAGUACAAUGUCAGCCUUGAUUCUCGAGGGUUGUUCGUCGAGGUAUCCGGUUACAAUGAUAAACUGCCUGUAUUACUGGAGCAAGUUCUUAUUACUAUGCGGGACCUCGAGGUCAAGGACGAACGAUUUGAGAUCAUCAAGGAGAGGCUUACUCGAGGUUACAAGAACUGCGAACUACAACAGCCUUUCACACAGAUUGGCGACUACGUGUCCUGGCUUACGUCCGAACACGAUUACGUGGUUGAGCAACUAGUCGCCGUGUUGCCCGGAAUUACAGCCGAAGACGUAAGACAGUUCUACAAGCAGAUCAUGUCACAGCUGCAUAUUGAGGCUUAUGUUCACGGAAACGUGUAUAAGGAGGAUGCCCUCAAGCUAACAGACAUGAUCGAAAAGAUACUAAAGCCCCGAGUCCUACCAAAGGAGGAGUGGCGUAUCAUUCGGUCAUUAGAUUUCCCCCCAGGGUCAAACUACGUUUUCAAAAAGACCCUCAAGGACCCGGCGAACGUCAAUCACUGCAUUGAGUAUUAUCUCCACAUCGGCGAUAAAGGAGAUCGCCUGAUUCGUGCAAAGACGCAACUUCUUGACCAGAUCAUUCACGAGCCGGCUUUUGAUCAGCUACGGACCAAAGAGCAGCUUGGCUAUGUUGUCUUCAGUGGCCUUCGAAGUUCUGCUACUACGUAUGGGUUCCGCUUUAUAAUACAGAGCGAGCGCACUACCGAAUAUUUAGAAUCUCGAAUCAACUCUUUCCUAGCCACACAGACAAGCUCGCUAGAAAAUAUGAGCGAUACGGACUUUGAAAGUCACAAGAGGAGCGUGAUAAUUAAGCGUCUUGAGAAGUUAAAGAAUCUGGAUCAGGAGACUGGUCGUCACUGGACGCACAUAAGCAAUGAAUAUUAUGACUUUGAAUCAGCCCAACGAGAUGCAGCCCAAGUUAAGGAGCUUACAAAGUCAGAGAUGAUAGAGUUCUACUCAACCUAUAUCCAGCCCACAUCACCAACCAGGGCAAAAUUAGUCGUACAGCUCAUCGCUCAGGGUGUUAGCCCCGAAGCGAAGGAAGUCGAGGAGUCGACAAACGGAGACACAGCUACGCUUUGGUCAAAUGGUACAGAGCCAGUCUUGAUACGAAAUGUGCGGGACUUCAAAGCAGGACUUUCAGUGACUCCAGGAGCUCGUCCGAGCUGCUCAAGGCAGCUCGCCGCCAAGACGUCUUCCUCAAAGAAACGGAAGAUUACAAACCGCCAAUCCACUUCUAAAGACGAGAGCUUAGACAGUAGCAAUUCCUCGGACACACCUUUACCAUCCUGUGAAUUAGACGCCGAUCCGAACUAUUCAUUCUACUCUUCUUCCUUCGACAACUUGACCGCCAACUCCCGUCGAGCUAACUCUGUCCCUCCGGCAUCAAGUCUCCCCCCUCGAUUACAAACCAAUACCAGCUCCCUUAGCUACGCCGAAUACGCCUCAUCCGCCGCGAGCUCUCCCUCUGGUGCCUGCGCUGCACUAACAAUCGAUAGCGACUGUGGUCCCGACAACCCAACGCUCGAACUUAGCUCCGCCUCUUCUAAUAUAUAUUCUGGAAGAGGCAGCUCACCGUUUACCAAAAUCACUUACCAUCGUGCAGUCAUGGGCGGUGCCGCCGAAUUCCCAGAUAGAGCCUCCUCCCCGUUGAAACGACGCGCUUCCAGUAUGGAACCUGAUAUUGCAGAUAUUGCAGACCAAGAUGCAACUGAAGAUGUCGAUAUGAUUGCAGCGCCACCAUCCGAUGCUCCGGACACAUCUAAAUCCGAACAACCUAACGGUCAUAUUGCUAACGGUCAUAUUGCAACCGAUGCAGGUCCCCCAGUAAAUGGCCAUGCCGAUGCGACGGCUGAGGAAAGUGUUGAGCCGAUGGACAUAUCACCAUCACGUCAACCACCAGAAUCUAUAGAGGCCCAUGUGAAAGCCAUCAGAGUGUUUGUGGAAGAGCAAAAUACACGCCCACUUACAGAAGGCCAGGAGUGUUUCUUAGUCUCAAAAUUGUGGCUAGCUAACGUGCCGGACGAUUUAUCACCAAAACAUACCAUCGAGGACUGGGCUUCGAUACCACCAGUAGAUAACUCGGAUAUCAUUCAAGAGGUUAUAGAUGAUCCUUGUGUCGGUAGUGGCGUGGUAGAUGUUCUAAAGAAAAAGUUCGUUCGGUUGAAGCCGGGUUACGAUUCGGAACAAUUUGAACCUCUCCCUAAGGAUGCCUGGGAUCUUCUUAUUAAAUGGCCCGGGUUGAAAGAGGGCCAAAUACCUAUUCUCCGUUUGGCACAUGCUACAACAGACGAUGGCAAAAAUGUUAUGUGGGAGUGGCAUCCGCCUGUACUCGCGGUAUAUCGACUCUGGUCUGCCAAUAGCGAGUUGCCGACCGAAGCAACCAUAAAGGCCACGAACCCGCCACCUUCAAGACUUGCACGUAGUCGCUCAACAAAUUUCCAGACUUUCUUGAAACAGGCAAAAAGAGUGACGGGAAUAGAUUUAUCACAAAGAGUUCGAGCUUGGAGCGUUUUGCAGCCACCUAUUGGCCAAACACCAGGUAAUGCAGUGCCCACUCUCUUCGCUUCUCAAGAUGAUACGAAACCUAACACUUCCCAAGCCUGGAACCAUCUUCUCUUGGACGUCGAAUCGUUUCUAGCCCUCGAGAGAAAGUCAGAAAGAGAGCUCGUCGAUUUCGCUGAUCGAACAGAUCAGCCAAAUCAGAAAUCCGUCAAAACGCUAGGCCACUUCAGUAUUGCGCAGGAUCAAGCCAUUGUCUUAGACCCUCAUGAAAGCGGUUCUACUUGGACUUCGACCCUAACGUCUUCUCAAGCACGAACAUCGCUACCAUCUAGAAAUAGCUCUACCAAUCUAACCGUACAAAGCCGGAACGCUAGAAGCGGACGCACUAGUCCAGUAUCUCAGGGAUAUCUCACACGUGGUAGAGCAAAGUCUGGUAAGGUCCCCGGGUGCGUGGGAUUAGCAAACUUAGGUAACACAUGUUACAUGAACGCGGCCCUUCAGUGCGUCAGGAGCGUCGAGGAAUUGACUAAGUAUUUCCUCUCGGGAGAGUGGGAAUUAGAACUCAAUAAGGAAAAUGUCCUCUCUCACAAUGGCGACGUGGCUGCUGCCUAUGCCCACUUACUGAAGGAAUUUUAUAAAGACUCGUCGCCGGGUUCCGUCUCGCCCCGUCAAUUUAAAACCACAAUCGGUCGAUAUUCUACGGGAUUUUCGGGUUAUGGUCAGCAAGACUCACAGGAGUUUCUUGGAUUUUUGCUGGAUGGGUUGCAAGAAGAUCUUAGUCGGAUCAAGAAGAAGCCUUAUAUCGAGAAGCCGGACUCGACCGAUGAAAUGGUUAAUGACCCUGCCGCAAUCCGAGAGAUGGCAGCUAAAGUAUGGGACAUUACCAAGAAACGUGAUGACUCCGUCAUAGGCGAUUUAUUCACUGGCUUAUACAAAUCGACACUCGUUUGCCCGGAAUGUCGGAAGGUUAGCAUCACAUUUGACCCGUUCAAUAAUCUAACCCUACCUCUGCCUGUGGAAAAUAAAUGGAGUCAUACCGUCAAGUUCUUCCCCCUAAAUGAUCGGCCAGUCGACAUCAGAGUCGAGCUUGAUAAGCAUGCCAGCAUCAAAUCUCUAAAGGAGUUCCUGUCUACCAAAACCGGCGUGCCGGCGGAACGCUUGUUUGGCGCGGAAGAAUGGAAAGGGAGGUUCUAUAAGUAUUAUACUGAUGUCUCCUGCGCCUCGGAAGAGAUUACACACAACGACAAUGCUUGGUUCUUCGAGCUGGAGGCUAAGCCUACAAACUACGGGGCUAAACCGCAUAAACAGCAGAAGUACGGAGUAGCAGUCAGAUCCAUGGUCGAUGAGGAGGAGCACAAUGCCUCGGCCUCGUGGAACGACGAGCAAGCUGAGAGAUUGCUUGUUCCCGUCUUCCACCGGCGUCCAGCGACUUCAAAAUCCAGUUUUCACCAGGGUAGAUGGGUACAGGCCUGCGCCCCUCAUUUUGUUAUUAUCACGCCCGACGAAGCUAAGAGCGAGGAUGCUAUUCGCCGCAAAGUCCUAGAAAAGGUUGCAACGUUAACAAAACAUCCUUUAUCUACACGUGGGGAGGAUUCGGAGGGGUCCGAUAACACUGAUAUCGACAUUAUAGGGAUGAGCUCUGACACAGGUUCUAAUGAAGGUAGGGUCGUUGCCCAAUCCGUUAAGAGUGAGGAUGACAUGGUUGACGUACAGAUGAAAGAUGGCGAAGUCCGAAGCAACCCUUCGGGCAAGCAAUUCUGUCGCAAGAAGCCAGCUUGGAUGGUACCGGGGUCGUUCCUCACUUCCAUUCUUCAGAAUAUGUUUGAUAUCUGCUAUUACUCGGAAUCGGGAGCAUGGUUACCGACUGGCAUGAGCGGCAUCAAUGAUGACAGGCAAUAUCCAAAGCUCUCGACCAGAGUUCUACCCGAGUGUUCAUCGGAAGACCAGUUCGAUAAUGCAACUAACGGCACGGCCUCUAAUGAAGAGUCCAGUUCAGACGAAGCGCCGCGACGAAGUACUGAUCAGUCCUACACACGCAUGCAAGACGAAAGCGAUGACGAGGAUGCUAGCCCGAUCAUUAAGCCGAAUCACCACCGCUCUAAGCAGAACGGACGGGCUAAAGGCAAAAACAAGCAACAGAAGCAACAUAAGACGUUCAAGAACCACAGCAAGAGUGUUAAGAAGAAGCUACGUCAGCAACAACGCCAAUCAAAGGAGAAGCAUCACAGCAUAGAACUGGAAGAAUCAUUUAAUAUGAGCGAAUCUGGUCCCGAUGGAGGUCCCUUAAUCCGCCUCAGAGAAGCUCUCAUUAUCGACUGGUCUGACGAGGCUUACGAUCGCAACUUUACUGAUAGUAGCACACCAGCCAAUGACAACUCGCUCGCAACAUGGAUUUCCUGUGAGACUCUGCCCGACCCCGAGCUAGACAAAGCCCAAGCAGCUCGGACUAGGAGUCGUAAGAACGGUAUCUCUCUUGAGGCAUGUCUCGACGAGUUUGAGCGAGAAGAAAUCCUCUCUGAACAGGAUAUGUGGUACUGCCCUCGCUGCAAGGAACACAGGCGUGCUAGCAAGAAAUUUGACCUAUGGAAGACUCCAGACAUUCUCGUCAUUCAUUUGAAGAGAUUUAGUUCUAGUGGUUUCAGAAGAGACAAAUUAGAAGUUUUGGUCGAUUUCCCUCUUGAGAAUCUAGACAUAACUUCUCGUGUUCUCCAAAAGGAAGAUGGUAAACAGGAAGUUUACGAUCUGAUCGGAGUAGACUGCCACUGGGGCGGCCUAGGAGGCGGUCACUACACUGCUCAUGCGAAGAACUUCGUGGACGGCCACUGGUACACGUAUAAUGAUUCGUCGGUAUCGCGAGCGUCUCCUGAUAGAAUUGUCGACUCAUCUGCGUAUUUGCUGUUCUAUCGUCGACGAUCUGAGAUCCCCCUUGGUGGGCCUCGCUUCCAGCAAAUCUUGGAUAGGUUCCAAGGUGAUGGUUCCGACAGCGAACUCCCUGAUUCGGGGGAAGAUCAGCGUCUCGGCGAAGGCUUCUCCCAGACUGGGUCGUCGAGCGCGUUACAAGGAGCAGGAGCUACUCACCUGCGCGGAAGCACUGGUGGUAAAUCGACAAAUGGCUUUAUCGUGAAUAACACAAAUAGUAGCUGGGACAUUAAGACCAUCGACGAUGUCCUCGAGCAUCCCUCCGAAGAUGUCCACCGAAGCAUCGAAGAGGAUGAGGGCAUAGACCUAACCGAAGAUACAGUACAACCAGCAGGUUUCCAACCGCUCACAAAUGGUAAUUCUUGGAGCUUUGACAACCUUGCGCCUAACGAUAUCGCGGAUAUUGAAAACCCCCCCUCGGAAAGUCCCCUUGACUCGGAUGCGGCCUCGGAUGCAGCACAACACGAUUCAUCUGGUGAUGAACGGGUGCUUAGUCCCCGUGAGAUGGAUUUCGAGCCAGACCACGAGCCAGAAUAUCCGGGGAUGUCGCAUUAUGAGCUGUCGCAACCCGAGACCAAUCUGCCCUCGUAUAGUGAUAUUCCACCCCCCGACUACCGAGGUGAAAUGACCCAAGACGAUAUGCACCAGAUUUGGGAUCAGAAGAACACGAUCCACAAAGUUGCACCCGAGGGUGAGAAUGAUGCGGGUUCCGAAGAUGCAGCGGAAAUCCACAUUGGUGAAGACGAAAAGAUUAAGCUCACCUAG